AUGCUGAUUGCUAGGGGAGAGUUUGCAGGGUAUGUUCAAGGACCGGCGCAAGAGCAAAAUUGUCCAGUUGAGCAGGUCAAGAGAAACCAAAAACUGAACCACCAUAACGCUCAGCCUGUACGGAUUAUCAACGCAAUCCAUGGCCGACCCGAGCAAACUGUAGAAUCUGAGGAAUUGCUCCGAACACGCCUUUGCCAAGCGCAAAUGAAGAGGCGAGUAGGCAGUGUCAACACCCUGCACCAACAGAGUUCGGUCGUGCAGAUACGGUUCGAUAGGACAGACCUGAUGCGAGUUCAGAUUCCGCAUGAGGAUCCCUUGGUUGUCAGUUUGACAGUGACAGAAUGCUUGGUACGCAGAGUGCUUGUCGAUCCGGGUAGCAGUGCGAAUAUCAUGCCUAGAGUCAUUUUUGAUCGGCUUGAAAUUAAGCCGGAGAAGCUCAAGUCUACUAGAAAUCCGUUGUUGGGGUUUGAUGGCAAACGAGUCGAACCGAUCGGCACAGUGGAAUUGGUGGUCUAA